CAUUGACAAUUCUGCCCACCACAUCUGUCACAAUGACAUAUACCGCUCCUAACCUAUUUCCUCGAUUAUUUAGACGAUUUUCUAAGAAAAAUCUAAUAAUUACUAGUCAAUUUAGUACCAAUAAGUCUUACAAAGUCCUUUUUUUUGGUUCGGAUUCUAUAGCUUUGCGCAGUUUGAGAAAAAUCAAUGAAUUCAGGAAAACGGAAAAAAUCAUAAAACAGCUGGACCUUGUUACGUCAAAUCAGUCGAAAAACAGAACAGAAAUAGAGAAGUACGCCGCUUCAGAAAGCCUAAAAAUCAUAACAUGGCCUCUCCACCAGUUAAAUACUCUCCAAUACGAUAUCGGCCUCAUUGUCGCCUUUGGACAUUUAAUCAAAGAUGACGUCUUAAAUAAGUUUCCUUUAGGUAUGGUGAAUGUCCAUCCAAGUCUCCUGCCGCGCUGGCGUGGUGCUGCCCCUAUCAUUCAUACACUUAUGCACGGUGAUGAAGAAACAGGAGUCACAUUGAUGAAGAUAAAACCAAACGUGUUUGAUGUAGGUGAAAUAAUCAGCCAAAGAAGAGUCCAAGUGCCCAAGGACAUUAAAUUACCAGAAUUAACAGAACAGCUGUCAGACCUUGGCGCUGACAUGUUAGUAGACUGUAUAAGAGAAUUACCUCACAGCCUAACUAAUGCUCAACCUCAAAGUAGAGAUGGUGUUACAUAUGCAAAGAAAAUCAACAAAUCAAUUAGUGAAGUUAGAUGGUCAGAUAUGGAGGCAGUUCAAGUUUAUAAUCUUUAUAGAUCAAUUUAUGGACUGUACCCACUCACCACCACAUUUAAAAAUAGGCAAAUGAAACUAUUUGAUGCAUUUUUGCAUGAUAUGGCUGAAGAAAUAGAAAAAAUUGUACCAGGUACACUUCAAUAUUGUACAAGGACAAAUGCCAUAAAAGUUUUGUGUAAAGACAAAAGAUACAUUUAUUUUAAAUCUCUAAGAAUAGUAGGAAAAAGAGAAAUUACUGCAUUAGAUUUCUAUAAUGGCUAUAUAAAAAAUACUUCAUUAGAAAAACGAUGUUGUUUAGUUUGUUAAAUAUUUAAUAAAAGUUCUAAAACACAUACAAUAAAUAAUAGAAAUACAUAGAUAAGUAUUUAUAAUGUAAAUAUAAUGUUAUUGUUUAAUAAAGUAUACAUUAAAAAUAAAUAAAUAUUUUUAUAUUGAAAAUAGAAUAGAUACCUAUAACACAAUCAGCCCUAACUCAAAAUCAACCAUCUAAAAAACCUAAAAAGGUACUCUUUCAUUAAAUUAAUUACUAAAUCUCACUUUCACCAAAAUUGGUUCAAAAAACAUUA